AUCAGUGGGUUUUGGGCCAGCUGACAAAACUAUCUUUUUAGGGCUUUUUGGAAAAAUAGGGUGGGGGCCCUUUGGCAGGGGGGGAAUGAUGUUCCAUAAUGAAGGGGCCACCACCAAGAAGGCUCUUUUUCAUGACAAUCCCUAUUUUAUGAGACCCGUGAUAUGCCCUGCCUUCUUACCAUGGUGGACCAGGUAGAUUCAAUAAGGAGGAGGCGGUCCUUCAAAUAACCUGGCCCCCAGCCAUGUAGAGUUUUAAAAGUGAUAACCAGGAUUUUGACUUGCAUCCAGAAGCAGAUUUCCUGACAGAUAGUUUCUUAAUGCUGUUAAUUCAAAGACACCGCAAAGCUACUCCUGCUUUCCCUACUUAAAAGAUUUCCUGUAGACGGCACAGAACCAAGAACAUACAGUUAACAGUGGUGAACCCUUCCCACGCCUCAGAAAAUCCUGAUUUUGCAAAGUGAUAACUGCAUAAUAAAAGCCUCGUCUGAAAACACUUAGCAACUUCUCUCAUACUCAUAAAGCUUUACAGGACUCUUAGCGGAGUGGGAUUUAACGUUCACGACACACUUUAGAUUGUGUUACUAGCCAAUGGAUGAUCUAUUACAAAUAAGCCUGCCAAGUCUUGGAGAUCAAUCAGCUGGGAAAAGACUAAAGGUAGGUUUUAAAGAAGGCUCUAGCCUCAGCAACUUGAAUUUAUUUCUGACAUUUCAGGAUAGGCAAAAUAGCACAUUUGUUCCUUGUCCUCUUGCAAGCUUUUUUUCAUGGUUCUUGACAUCACGUGAUCUGUCUUGCAUGACACCCUAGAUGCCUUGUAAUAUCCAUUCAAAGCUAGUCUUCUCUGGACGCAAAAACUUACAAACAGUUCAUGAAAUACUGUAGUAGGAAGCCCACUGAAACCCAAAUAUUUCACCAUCAUUCCAAGUGGAAUGGGGGAAAUUGGGGAUGAAGCGAGGUAGCCCAAGAACAUUGAGGACUGAAAAUGUCCUUGGAAUGCUGAUGGACAAAUUAUUGGGAUGUGUGUGUGUGUGUGUGAGUGAAAGAGUUUGGCAAAAACAUCCUAGAAAAAGGACACAGCAGACUCCCAUCUAGAACUGCUGCAGGCCUCUUCUGUUUCCCCCAAUCUCACACGUGGCAGUUAGCUGUCUUCAGUGCUAAACAUGGGAAGGAAAAGCCAUUUGCACAUGCUUGGAAACUAUUCUGUCUUUCUGACUUUGUUAAGGCUGAGAAGUCAAUCCAGGGAAAAGCAAUUCUUCAUUGUGCUCCCCAGUUCAGCAACAGGAAUCAGCACCACUCGGAAUCUGGCUUUCGGACAGUCAUUCACUUUCAGCCCAACUCACCUCAUAGGGUUGUUAUUGCUUGUUGUACGGAAAAUAGGAAGGAAGAAGGAAUUAGAUAAGUUCAUGGCUCUGAGUUAUUUAUAGAAAUAAUAAAGGUAGCAUAUAAAAUAAAUAAAUCCGACACUUUCAUCUUUGAUCCAGGUCAACCUGAUCAGUCCUCUUGAGCGGGAAUCUACAGCAGGUGGCAUCAUCUACCUCAGAGGUAGGCAACCUUGGCUCUUUUAUGACUUGUGGACUUCAGCUCCCAGAAUUCCUGAGCCAGCCAAGGUUGCCUACCCCUGAUCUACCUUAUCUUGGCUGGGUCCAAAACAUUUUAAGUAGGGUUAAGUAGGGUUAUUCCUGAUAGCCCCAAAUCGACAGGCUAGAUGAGAAGUCAGAAACAGGCAAAACCUUCUUAGUCCCGGUUUAUUGUUUCUUGAGUCUCCAGGAGUCGAAGCCAGGGAAUAAAAACCGAAAAGGGCUAGUGAGAACGAAGCCAGUGCCCGCACUGCAUUAUGGGCCUUCUGGAGUCGUGGCAGGUGCUUCGGGGUGAGUCGCACCGCGGCCCCGGUACUUCGCGGGGACGUGAAUGCAAAGGCGGAAUGCGGCAGCGAGCGGGAAAAGAUGCGGACGCUUUGCGCUUUCCUGGCAUUUCGGCUGGAGAAUCCCGAUUCUCCCGCUCCGCGCCUCUUCUCCUGCGACUUUAAGGGUGCGACUCCGCCCGGAGUCUGAGCUUAGCCUUAGUUCCAUGAGGAGGUGGAACCGGUGACGUGGCAUUCUCACGUGCUCGGAAGCAGAAGGCCGUGUUCCAGCGGGGAGAUCUCGCCUCGGGGUCUUGUCCUAGGGAUAGUGCCGAGGAGCCUAUCUGACACCGUGUUCUCCACCGCCCAGACCCAAGAGGGCCAUGCUGAAAGCCGUGAUCCUAAUCGGGGGUCCCCAGAAAGGGACCCGCUUCCGGCCCUUGUCCUUUGAAGUGCCCAAACCCUUGUUUCCAGUGGCAGGGGUACCCAUGAUACAGCAUCACAUUGAGGCAUGCACUAAGGUACCCAACAUGAAGGAGAUUCUUCUGAUUGGCUUCUAUCAACCUAAUGAGGCACUCAACCACUUCCUGGUGUCUGCCCAGCAAGAGUUCAAAAUCCCAAUCAGGUAUCUCCAGGAAUAUGCAGCGCUUGGCACAGGUGGGGGUAUCUACCACUUCCGUGACCAGAUCCUUUCAGGUAACCCUGCAGCCUUCUUUGUGCUCAAUGCUGAUGUCUGCUCUGAAUUCCCUCUCGAAGAGAUGCUUGCCUUCCAUCGUCAGCGUGGCAGUUCUGACAGCUUCCUCAUGCUGGGCACCACGGCCAAUAGGAAGCAGUCUCUGAACUAUGGCUGUAUUGUGGCAAAUGCUGACACACACGAGGUCUUGCACUAUGUGGAGAAGCCCAGCACUUUUGUGAGCGAGCUCAUCAACUGUGGCAUCUACCUAUUUACCCCAGCCAUCUUCCAUCACAUUGGGGAAGUCUUCCAACGUAACCAGCAGGAGCUGCUCUUGUAUUCAUACCUUGGAGAGGAGAGCACAAACGGUUGGCAGAGGGCUGAAGCCAUCCGACUGGAGCAAGACAUCUUUACAGGCCUUGCUGGGCAGGGACGCCUCUUUGCCUACAGAACAGAAGGGUUCUGGAGCCAGAUCAAAUCUGCUGGCUCUGCCAUCUAUGCCAAUCGUCUUUAUCUGAGCUGCUACAGCCAGUGUCAUCCGGAGAGACUUGCCCAGAACCAACCCGGUGGGCCCAGCAUCCGAGAGAAUGUCUAUAUUCAUCCAACGGCCUCGGUGGAUGCCAGUGCUGUGCUGGGCCCCAAGGUCUCAAUUGGGAAAGGAGUGACCAUUGGUGCAGGAGUGCGAGUACGUGAAUCCAUCAUUCUGCAUGGAGCAUCUCUCCAGGAUCACACGUGUGUGCUCAACAGCAUUGUCGGCUGGGACAGCACCAUUGGACGCUGGGCUCGUGUAGAGGGUACCCCCAGUGAUCCCAAUCCAAAUGAUCCCUAUGCCAAGAUCAACAGCGAGACACUCUUCCGAGAUGGCCGUCUGACUCCAUCUAUCACUAUUCUGGGAUGCAAUGUGACCAUUCCCGCUGAAGUGGUCAUCCUGAACUCCAUCGUGCUUCCUCACAAGGAACUCAGUCGUAGCUUCAAGAAUCAGAUCAUUCUUUAAUGAGCCAUGACUUCACCACUGGUGACUUCCAGACAGAAAGUUCAAGAGUGUCAUAAUAAUGUAAUUUGUGACCAUCAGACUUAAACUCUCAAGCCUCAUUCAAUCUGGGUAGGCCAAGAUCUACGGCUUUGGUGUCAUCUGCAAUGUUCUUCUGGGCUUUUUCAGGGAAUGGGAAUAUGAAUAUGAGCCUCUUUCUAGGCUGGAAGAAGUUGACUUGCCCCCUCUCCCCGUGACUUGAUUGCCAGUAAACCUCUCCAAGGAAGAGGCCUGCCUGAACUUUACCUCACUAAAGGCCAUUGACACAGAAAGGUGUGUAGCUGAGAGGACGCAUCUCUGCAGGCUUCUGUGGCUCCCAGAUGCCUUUGUUCAUCCUCCAGUUAAAUCCCAUCAGUCCCAAGAGCUCCAUUCCUCAUGCCACCUAUGAAACAGAGUUAGGGGCAACUUCAGAUCAAGUACUUCAGAUCAAGUACUGCAGCUCACAUGGCAGAAAGACCUGUAAUUCUCCCUUCCCUUCCAUGUAGUGUCCCCUUCCCCCCCUCCGCCCCCCCCAGCCUUGUGAACUUGUGCACUAAAGAAAUUGCCAGAUGCCAGACCUCUGUCUGCCUCUGGUUGUUUACAAGGUGGAGGAACUGAUUUGUUUCCCUGUUCUAAUACAAUUUGAAACUUUGAAAUGAAUGAGAAAGUGGUGGUAAGAAAUCACCAAUAAUAAACAUAUAUUGUGGAAAGCUUUGGGUGGUAUUACCUCCAUCCCAGUGAAUGGAAUGGCUUCCCAUAGGGCCUGGAACAAGAGCUGCUACUAUUCAGAGGCUUUUGGGAAAGGAAACAGAUAGGGACUCCCAACACAGAACCACAUUGCAGUUAGAUUCAUUUGGUGCCCGACUUUCAUUCGUGGCCCUGGAGAAAGAAAUCCUUACCCAUCAGUUUUACCUUUCCAUAAAAGAACUGAGGCUGCAAAUGCAAUGCAUCUAGCUGUCUUCUUUUUCAAUUAUUAUUUGGAGAAAAAUAUCCUUUGAAAAACAUAGAUGGUGGGGAGAAAUAUAUCUCUCUUUCCUCCCCACCCUGUGUUAUCCAUGUUGUAAGCAGUUUCUGCUAUCUGGAGCCCAUGAUGGAGUCGAGUCCAUGUUGUAAGCAGAAAAGUUAAAACAACCACGCCUAGAAAAACCCUGUUUUUGCAAGGAUUCUCCAUGUUAUCAUCUCGGUGCUAGCAGUGAGAAUAUGAAUGAAUGGUCACCCUGGUUUAACUCUCAUCAUGUUCAAAGUCAUGGCUGAUGGGGGAGCUUAGUUUAACUCUGUACCUUCAGGGCUUUCUGGGUUAAAUCUAACCAAAUGUUGACUGGCUUUUUUGAGUCCCUGUAAUAAGCUAAUUGAAGCCCCCUGACCAGCCCAAAUGUUCUGAGGUGGCAUUUUUCAAAGUGAUGUUUUGCAGCAAACUACAGAAUCCUGGGUCCCAAACAGCUGAAAUCAAUACCUGUCCCUUGAUCAGGUUUGUGCUGAUCCAUCUCUGCUGGUUUUUCUUCGAGUCCCACUAGGGAGCCCCUGGCGUGAUCAUUGGAUACCCAUUUAUCAAAAGAGGAUUUAUCUUUCUCCUGCUAUUGGAAGCAUGAUUUUCUUUGUAGUUGGUUAAUGGCAAAGGGAACCCGAUAAUGGUAAAUUGGCAAGUUUAGCUAAUUGCUUCCUGUAAUCUUUCAUUGCUCCCCUCCCCCAAUCUGCAGUACCCUCUGAUAUCAUUUGGGCUCUGAAGCUGAGCAAGGUCGUGUCUGGUUAGUCCUGGAAAGUGCCUGGGAAGCCUAGACUGGGAUGUCAAAAAACAUCCCAUAGGAAAUGCAGUUUCUGCUAUCUGGAGCCCAUGAUGGAGUCGGGCUCAAUUCAAAUGAGGUUCCUAUUUGCCUUCUAUUUGCCUCUGAGGCCUCAGAGCUUAAGUAAUGACUAGAAAUAGAAUAGGCCGAUAUGGCAAAUGAGCCUAGCAAUCCUUGGGAAGGGUUUGAUGCCUGCAGCAUUAGUCACACAUUAUCAAUGUGUUAUUCUCGAGGAUGCUUUGUUGCAAAGCCAGUUGUUAGAAGGGGAGAUAGUGGUGAAGGAUGCUUUUUUUUUUUUUUUACAAGAGCUGCAUCAGAGUUGUAAAUAUAAUCAGCGCUUUCUGAUUCUGCUCAUGUUAUUUAAUUCUGUUUAAGAAAGCAGAAAUCCUGCCACUCUCUUAUGUGAUAAUAAUCCAACUUAAUUGGAUUCACCUCUAAAUAGAUUGUAUCGUUUGAGUAGCAAUAUCUCCAAACUUUCUCUAAGAAAAUAGAAGGUUCAUAGAUGGAUUUGUACUAGAUGGAAAAAUUGGAGAAGGAAUGAUGCAAAGACCUGUGGCUUAUAAUUCAUUGAGGGUUUGUUUUUUGUUUACUUUCUACAAAGAGGUUACAACUUGCUUCACUGGAAAUCACACUGAAGCUAGUAAGACUUCUGAAUAUGUUUGCAGACCUUUUCUGGCUGCCCUGGCUUUUACUUCUGAGUAGACAUGCAGAGGACAUGGAAAUGCAAAUAAUGCUAUUGAUUGUUUCUGGAUGCAUUCAUACACAUGACACCUACAUACUUAGCUACUUUAACUUUGGCCUUAUCAAAAUAGAAUGUGACCCUCAAAACAUUUUUUUUAAUUAUUUUAUUAAGGAUAUUUUAAUUACAAUAGUAAAAAAAAUAAUACAAACUAAAAAGGAAAAGAAAAAAAUAGAAUAAAAGGUGCAAGAAGGCAAAAAAAAUAUUAAAUGUUAAAAAACCCUUAAGUGAUUUCCCAUUUUAAUCAUGACAAGUAUAAACAAUUUCAUUAUUUCUUCACCUCCUCUUAAUUAGCAGAUACAAAAUACCUCAUUCCAUAACUCUUAAUUAUAGGUAAAUCCAAUAAGUAACAUCUCCAAUCUGGGUAUUAGCAAAAAAUCCAAACUGCCCUAAAGUGAUAACAUUAAUUAGCAGAUAUAAUUCUCACCAUAUCUCAAAUCUUAACAGCAGAUGCACAUUUAGAAGGCAUAAGUGGUCUCAGUAUCCUACUAUGAAGAAAAGAUUGAUACUUAAGAUAGCAAGAGGGACAAAUUCUCCUUUAAGAAGAACAAGCUCACAGAAAUUUAUUUUAAGUAAAAUGACCAUUCAAUACAAAGCAAUUUAAAUACUAUCAGAUUACAUAAAAUGACUACAGUAUAGGGCAGUGUUUCUCAACCUUGACAAUUUUAAGACAUGUGGACUUCAACUUCAACAGUUGAAGUCCACAUGCCUUAAAAUUGUCAAGGUUGAGAAACACUGGUAUAGGGGAAAAGGCCUAAGCGCUAUGUCAAUUGUAAGCAAAUUCAAUACACAACAUUUUUCCAGUCCAAAUGUCAGCAAAUUCCCCCCAAAAAACCCCACCCCAAAUAACAUGUCCCAUUUUAACCCUGAUCAAAUAAACCAAGUUUGUGUUCCUUCCAUUUGCGUAAAAUAAUCUUACUCUUUAGUCCAUUUAGAUUAUUGAUCCUUGUCUCUAUUUUUUUUCAAGAUGUUAACAAGCCUCUUUUAUAGGUCUAGCAAGAAUUUUUUUUCCAAUUGCUCUUGGGGAUUGGCAUGUUUAUUUCCUAUUAAUUUUUAAAGCCUCAUCCAAUUUUUUUUGUAUGUGUAAUGACAAAUUGUUGUCCAUGUUGCUUUCAGAUAAAUAUUGCUGUAAAUCUUUUUCUGUAACAAAUUCUUCUGGGAACAAACAGUUCCUAAGAACACACAACACAGCUGACAUUAUUGAUUAAAGGUCCUGACGCAAUUCCUCAAAAAUGUC